AAAAAAUAAUUUUCCACAAGGGAGUCAAGUCCACACGGCCUGCCUUUAUAUAAGUCACCACCAUCCCAUACCAAGUCCUCCCAGAGCCACCACCCAGCACCACCACCACUCUCCGCUGCUGCUGCCGCGGCCAUGGCCUCCUUCUCCUCUCUCCUUUCUCUGCUCUCUCUCUUCACCCUCCUACUCCUUGCCCGUGCCAAGCCCAAUCUCCACCGUUCCGACCACGAUGCUCUUUCAAUUGUCCACAGAGAAUUGGGCAUCAUCAAGAGUCAACGCUGGGACACGGACAGCCCCUGCACCUCCGCUGCCGGAGUUUUCUGCGAGCGGAGGAUUGCAAACCAUUCAUAUGUUCUUCGAAUUACUCGAAUUGUAUUGAAAUCUCACCAACUUGUCGGAAUUCUAUCCCCGGCGAUUGGGGAACUAUCCGAGCUCAAAGAGAUUUCUCUCCCAAACAACCACCUCGUUGACCAAAUUCCAUCCCAGAUUGUCGAGUGUCGAAAACUCGAGAUUCUGAACCUCCGGAACAACCAGUUCUCCGGCAAAGUCCCACUGGAGGUCUCGUCUUUGGUCCGCCUCCGCGUCCUCGACCUCUCGUCCAAUAAAUUUUCCGGGAAUUUGAAUUUUCUCAAGUACUUUCCCAACCUGGAAAAACUAUACCUGGAAAACAACUUGUUUUCUGGGAAAGUACCGGUUUCAUUGCGAUCCUUUCGCAAUCUCCGCUUCUUUAACAUUUCCGGGAAUAGUUUCCUGGAAGGCCCAGUACCGGUAAUGAAACGGGUUGAGUACUCGGGGGCAGAGUUGACAGAGAGGACCGCUAUUCCAAAGCGUUAUGUUUUGGCUGAGAAUUCCACGACACGUAGUAAUCGUAAUGCAAUGUCGCCUGCACCAAGUCAGAGUUCGAGCACCAGUAACAUCGCUCAAGCCCCCGGGCCAGCAGCAACAACAUCAAAUAAGCAUAAGAAAAGCAAGAGGAAGGCGGGAGGGUGGAUUCUCGGAUUCCUCGCAGGAGCACUUGCUGGGAGUGUCUCUGGGCUGGUAUUUUCAGUCCUAUUCAAGCUCAUGCUUGUUUUGAUUAGGGGCAGAGAGAAGGAAUCGGGUCCGGCGAUCUUCAGCCCGCUAAUCAAGAAAGCGGAGGACUUGGCAUUUUUGGAGAAAGAAGAUGGACUCGCAUCGCUUGAAGUCAUCGGAAGUGGUGGCUGUGGAAUUGUUUACAAGGCGGAGUUACCGGGAAGUAAUGGAAAAUUGAUAGCUAUAAAGAAGAUCAUCCAACCCCCAAAAGAUGCAGCAGACUUGACAGAUGAAGAUAGUAAGCUUCUGAACAAGAAGAUGAGGCAAAUCAGAUCGGAGAUUCAAACCGUGGGUCAGAUACGGCACAGAAACCUUCUUCCUCUGCUAGCCCACGUGUCCCGGCCUGACUGCCAUUACCUCGUAUACGAGUUCAUGAAAAAUGGCAGCUUACAAGACAUCCUGAACCAGGUUUCGAUUGGGACUCGAGAGCUUGAUUGGCAGGCUCGGCACAAGAUCGCAAUUGGGGUGGCUUCUGGGCUCGAGUAUCUCCACACAAGCCAUUCUCCGCGUAUAAUUCAUAGAGAUCUCAAGCCUGCAAACGUACUUCUUGACGAUGACAUGGAAGCUCGAAUUGCAGAUUUUGGGCUCGCAAAAGCAGUGCCCGAUGCGCAUACUCACGUUACAACCUCCAAUGUUGCGGGAACUGUUGGGUAUAUCGCUCCAGAGUACCACCAGACAUUGAAGUUCACAGACAAGUGCGACAUAUUCAGCUUUGGGGUACUGUUAGGAGUUCUGGUGAUAGGAAAGCUUCCAUCUGAUGAUUUCUUCCAACAUACAUCAGAAAUGAGUUUGGUGAAGUGGAUGAGAAAUGUCAUGACUUCUGAGGAUCCAACCAGAGCAAUUGACCCGAGACUGAUGGGGAACGGGGACCAUGAAAAUAUGCUCCUCGUUCUUAAGAUUGCUUGCUUCUGCACUCUCGAUGAUCCGAAACAGAGGCCUAACAGCAAGGAUGUUAGGUGCAUGUUGUCUCAGAUCAAGAACUAAGAAAGCUACUAAAUGUUGUAUAAGUGUAAGAAUAAUGAUGCAUAUAGUAUGUGAUGAAGAAUGUUUUUUUUUUUUUUUUAAACAAUCAGUAGAAGGGGAAUAAGGGAAGUAAAAGUCGAAUCUGGGCAUUGCAUCGGAUAAGGGAGUGCCUCAUUCAACAAACAAACCCUAGGUCUCAAGUAGAACAGCUAUUUGUCCCCAUGGUAUAAAUGCUGUUGUAUACUAUAUAAAUGUUGUAAUGCAAAUGUUGUUUUGCUAUUUUUUUUUUUUUGUCUUCACUAAUAGAAUCCAAGUGUUUUCA